CACGCGGCCACAACGUUGACUCGCCGCCCCAAGCCGAACCGAGCAAAGUAGCGAGGACCGAAUCGGGCAUGGAAAUGCUGGGAUUGGCAUUCUCCACUUUGUCAUUCCGAUGGCCUAAACUGGCCCUUCCAGACCGUAACCCCGAAUCGGCCUAAAGCAUGUAUGUGGUGAGUGAAUAAAUCUCAUCGUCGUCUGGCCUUUGAUCGAAUUUUCUGGCCUGAGACUGAGACUGAGACUCACAAAACCCAGGUACAUUGCUCUUACUGGAGAGAGCUUCAUCAACAUCCAUCCAUUCCAGACACACACAUCUGGCUCGCUGAGGUUCCGACGAGACGUCCUCACUGUCUUCGCAAGCGGAGGUCUGGCCUGAAAAAACUGAUAGCACGCUCCUCCAUUGCUCUCCAGUUCCAGUAUGGCCACCGCCACCACCAAGACACCAGGGGCCUCAGCCACAGGUGAAAGCCUUAGUGUCGGCGACGACGAGUACACCAAGAAUGCCGUGGAACAGCCUCAUGACGCACAGGUCCUGACUGCGCCUCAGCACGAGGACUACCCCGUGGAGAGGGUCGAGGCAGUCUACCGGAAGCUGGACCUGCGCAUCAUCCCAGCCUUCUGGAUCCUGUACUUCCUCUGCUCCGCCAUCCGCUCCAACAUCGGGCUCGCCCAGACCAUGAACGCCGCCCAGGGCCACGACCUCAUGUCGGUCCUCAACCUGACGGCGCGCGACACGUCCACCGCCCUGGCCCUCUUCUACGUGUCAUAUGUCAUCUUCGACUGCCCCUCCAACCUGGUCAUGAGCAGGCUGAGCCCCCGCGUGUGGAUGGCCCGCAUCGUCUCCGCCGUCGGCCUGAUCGGCAUGUGCUUCGCCGCCGUGCGCGCAGCCUGGUCCCUCAAGCUGCUGCGCUUCCUGCUCGGCGUCGUCAUCGCCGGCAUGUGGCCUGGCAUGAGCUACUACCUGACCCUCUUCUACCCCCCGAGCCGCACCGGCAAGCGCAUCGGCAUGUACUUCAGCGCCGCCCAGAUCUCAGCCGCCGUCGUGGGGCUCGUCAGCGCUGGCUUCCAGAAGAUGGACGGCCUUGGGGGCCUCGUUGGCUUCCAGUGGAUGUUCCUCGUCUAUGGCGCCUUGGCCGUCAUUCUGGGUUUCACCUUGCUCUGGUGGCUGCCGGAUAGGCCCCUGCCCCCCGGUCAGAAGCGGGAGAGGUCAAGAUUCAUGAGGUUUCUGCCUGCGCCGCCCGAGGCUCUGAAGGGCGAGGACGCCCUGGUGCACUACCACGAUCUCAAGAGAGUCUACCACCCCAGGCCCUGGACGUGGGCAGACCUGGGCUAUGUGCUGAUCGACUGGCGCCUCUGGCCGCUGGUCCUGAUGUACUUUGGGGUCGUGGGCGUCGGCAUCGGCACCCAGCUCUACGGAAACGUCAUCAUCGCCUCCCUCAACCCGUCAUACACCAGCAUCCAGGUCAGCCUGCUGUUCGCCCCGAUCUGGAUCAUGGACUUCAUCGCCAUCCUGAUCGUCACGCCCAUCUCGGACCGCUUCCACCGCCUGCGGCCCAUCUUCUUCUCCUGCGCCGUCCUCAUCCAGAUCGCGGGUCUCCUGACCGUCACCUUCGCCCUGGGCAACCCCUGGGCCCGCUACGGCGGCCUGCUCAUGGUCGGCUUCGGCCUGGGCCCCACGGUGCCCAUCUGCAUGACCUGGACCAACGAGAUCUUCCAGCGCCGCCACGGCGAGGUCGGCGUCGCCGCCGCCGCCGCCCUCGUCUCCGGCCUCGGCAACCUCGGCAGCAUCACCACGACGUACGCCCUCUACACCGGCUGGCCCGAGGACGCCGCCCCGGGGCCACACAGGUACCGCCGCAGCAACCUCGCCAUGAUCGGCAUCCUGUGCCUCAGCAUCGUCGCCAGCUUCGCCAUGACCGUCCUGAUCCGGGUCUUUGGCAACGAGCCCAGUCGCAAGAUCGCCGGCGGCGAUGGCUCCAGUGAUGACGACUUCCAGGACGGCGCAGCUCGCCGCGAGCAGGUGCAGCGAGGCUUCGGCAGGCUUCGGCUCGGCCGGCGGGGCUAGGGGCCGGGCGUCCCAUUCCCCACCCCUCAGGCGCCCCCGUUCAGUUUGACUACAUACGGUCAUGCUGUCAAGGGGGAAAACGCCUUGGGCGUUGUGGGCAAAAUGCGACAAUGUGGUUCCUUUCAGCCUCGGGGUAGCGCAAAGUGCCCCCGAACCACGCCUUACAAAACAGGAUGCAUCAACUAUCCGCACGACGAUGUCAGGCGCAUGCAUUCUUCAACUUUCCAUUCUUAGUACACAAAGCCCCACCGAGGCCAGCUUGCCCGGGAUUCCUCUUGCGUAUUGAACGCCCUCUUGCCAAGCCUCAAAGUCUAAAAGUCACCAAGGCUAAGUAAGUGGGUUUCCUAACCUAACGGCGCGGCUGCGCCACCACUAGGGAGUGUAGCUCUCACGAGGCAUACCAAGCGGAUGAACGGAUCGAUAUCCGAGGCUCUUUCUGGUUAUUCUUUUUUCCUUUUGCAUUUCUGGCAUUCUUGUUCUUGUUGUUUCCUUUUUCAAUAUGAUACCCCAUCCGUGUUCGGAUAACGCUGUCUGUGCGAAGGUUCCAAGGUUACGGUUUUUCUUGGCUGGGAUAGAGAGCAAAUCCAUCCCAGGAGGGAGGAGCCACCUCGACAGCGAAAGUGCUUCUACGCCAUCGCUGGGACGGCGUAGGUCUGACGCGAGGAACCCCUGGCCGGCGACAAUGCUGCUGCGCUAUCGCCAUUGGCCGGUUCUUCGUGGGCUCGCGUUCGUUUAUUUUCUUUGUGGCUUAGUUUAUAAUGUAGAUGGAGAAGACGAGAGAGAGAGAAAGUGGCAAGGAUAUAAUUACAUGGGUAUUUUUGCACCUGGAGGAAUUUGAUAAGCGGGUUGGAUGGCUGCAUCGACUGGUCGGUCCUUUUGCCACUGUUGAAAAGUGGUGCUGCCUGCGGGAGCUGAGGGCUCCCCGUGAGGCUGAAAUUUGAGUCGUUUGCGUACCCCCCACCCCCCAUCUUCCCUUGAAGUGUUGUCAUUUUAGCCUGUGACACUGUGAUGAAUGACACAAAGUGUUCUGUAGGAAUGUGUAAAAUGCUAAUGGUCUUCCGGAUGGGCCGCGCUGCUUACGGCUUCGGAAUUUCCCGACAUGCAAGUGCAGGCCUCUGAGACUUGUGUGACAACACCGCCUCGGCCGAGAAGUCCGCCAGCAGGCCUCCCCUUGGCCUGGCCACACCAAAGGACCUACCAAGGUACCCAGCAUUCCGCGCCUUGAAUCUCGACCCAGCCUUGCCCCAUCACCAAGGGGACAAGAGCCUCAUCCUUGUCGAACCCGCCAGUCUGCUUACCUGGGUACCUGGGCUGCCAUUACUCAACCGAGACUCACGGAAAACUUGGACUGAUGACAAGUCCGAUGGCCUUUUUGUUUCCUACCAGUACAAUCACGCAAGCAUGAGAGUCGACGCCAUCAUUAUACCUCAUCAACAGCCCAACCAACGAACGGACUAAACCUCACAGUCUUGAAUUUUACAAAAUCUGUCCUUUUUCUCCCGUGUCACAAACAUUCUAGCGGAGACCAUGGACCUCUCCAUCUUGUGAGAAGAAUUUAAUCUUGUAGAUCCAGUGGGGCUUGAACCAUUGCCCACAGCCCAAAACCUCAUUCCAGUUCUCCUUGAACACGAAAAUGUUCA